CCUCCCACUCCGAUGCCUUUCUCCACACUGACUCAGGCGCGAUAUCUUUUUAAAAGCACUUAGAACCUUUUGGCUUGUGAUGCGUAUUUUCAGAAGCCAGUAGAACCAACCCCCCACUUGCUGUUUACUUUGUGCCAUGCUGUGUCAUUGGCCAUCAGAUCCGAGAGUCGUUUGCCAUUUCGGCGUUCGCUGCAGGGUUACUGGGUGGACUAAUCAGAGUCGUAUGAAAGUGCCCAUUGGGUUUUCCCCUCCUUUGGCUCCAGGACUAGGAUCGCAGUAUUUAACGGCUAAUCCGGACGUCCGUUGGCUGCUUUUUCUUUUUUAAUCAAAAGCGAUUGCUGUAAAGUUCCCCUCUCUCCCCAUGGCCCAACGCAGGCAGCAGCUUGGAGGCUGAACUCGGCGAAACAGGCAGGGAAUUGGCUCCGAGGUCCGAUCUGGAUACGAAAUAAAUAAAGCAUUGGCUCACUCCGCAGCAGUGGGCCCAGACUGAAAGCAGCCAUGUCCUCGGAGAGACUGCAGAGAGCUGACGAAGAGGCGGUUGUGGAUCAAGGCGGGACCAGUAAUGUUGUUAAUAUUCAUUAUGAAAAAGAAGAGCUGGAAGGGCACAGGACACUCUAUGUGGGGGUACGGAUGCCUUUGGUGAGACAAGGCCACAGACAUCACCGGACCCAUGGCCAACGACACAGGAAACGAGACCGGGCGAAGGGAGCCAUUCAGGAAGAAGAGGCGGAGUCUCAUGACACCCCGUCUCAGCGCGUCCAGUUCAUCCUGGGCACGGAGGAGGACGAGGAGCACGUUCCCCACGACCUGUUCACGGAGCUGGAUGAGAUCUGCAUGAAAGAAGGGGAGGACGCAGAGUGGAAGGAAACGGCGAGGUGGCUGAAGUUUGAAGAGGACGUGGAGGACGGGGGAGAACGCUGGAGCAAACCCUACGUCGCAACGCUUUCGCUGCACAGCCUCUUUGAACUGAGGAGUUGCAUCAUGAAUGGGACCGUCCUUCUGGAUAUGUGCGCCAACAGCAUCGAGGAAAUUGCAGAUUUGAUCUUGGAUCAGCAAGAACCAAGCAGCGAGUAUGAUGAAAGCACGAGAGAAAGAAUCCGCGAUGCCCUCUUAAAAAAGCACCACCAUCAGAAUGAGAAGAAGAGGAACAACCUUCUUCCGAUUGUCCGCUCUUUUACUGAUGUCAGCAAGAAGCAGUCGGAUCCGCACUUAUUGGACAAACCAGCAACGCACAUGCUGUCUCCGCACCCUGGCACGACCAAUCUCGAAAUUAAAAACGGAGUGACCCACGACACGAGUCCUAUGGAUUUAAGCAAGGCGGAACUUCAUUUCAUGAAGAAAAUUCCGACCGGAGCAGAAGCGUCCAACGUUCUGGUGGGAGAGCUGGAUUCCCUCCUUCGCCCCGUGGUGGCGUUUGUGCGUCUGACGCCAGCUGUCCUUCUCUCAGGCAUGACGGAAGUCCCUAUUCCAACGAGGUUCUUAUUUAUCUUGCUGGGACCAGAAGGGAAAGCACAUCAGUACCAUGAGAUUGGCAGAUCCAUGGCCACCAUCAUGACAGAUGAGGUUUUCCAUGACGUUGCGUAUAAAGCCAAAGACCGUGCUGACCUUGUAGCUGGCAUUGAUGAAUUCCUGGAUCAGGUGACAGUAUUACCUCCUGGAGAAUGGGAUCCAUCGAUUAGAAUUGAGCCACCAAAAAAUGUGCCUUCUCAGAAGAAGAGGAAGAUGCCAAGUGUUCCUAAUGGCACUGCUUGCCAUGCCGAACCCGAGCAGCACAGCGGACCCGAACUGGAAAGAACGGGAAGGCUCUUUGGUGGUUUGAUCCUGGAUGUGAAACGGAAGGCGCCGUGGUUCUGGAGUGACUUCACGGACGCUCUGAGCUUGCAGUGCCUGGCGUCGUUCCUUUUCCUCUACUGUGCCUGCAUGUCCCCCGUGAUCACCUUCGGGGGGCUGCUUGGGGAAGCGACCAACGGACAAAUAAGCGCAAUCGAAUCCUUAUUUGGAGCCUCCAUGACAGGCGUUGUGUACUCGCUGUUUGCCGGACAGCCCCUCACGAUCUUAGGAAGUACCGGACCGGUGCUGGUGUUUGAAAAGAUUUUGUUCAAGUUCUGCAGAGACUACGCCCUCUCCUACCUUUCCCUGAGAACCAGUAUUGGAUUGUGGACGGCUUUCAUGUGCAUCGUCCUUGUGGCAACGGACUCCAGCUCCCUGGUGCGCUACAUCACUCGCUUCACGGAAGAAGCCUUCGCCUCUUUGAUCUGCAUUAUUUUCAUCUACGAAGCCCUGGAGAAACUAAUAGCACUAGGAGAGACCUACCCCUUCCACAUGCACAGCCAACUCGACCAGCUGACCUUCUACUACUGUAAGUGUGCCGUGCCCAACAACCCCAGCAAUCAAACCCUGCAGUACUGGAGCGACAGGAAGAUUGUCCCUUCUGCAAUUGAGUGGGCGAACCUCACCGUCAGGGAAUGUUGGGAAAUGCAUGGAGAAUUUACCGGACCCGCCUGUGGGCAUAACGGCCCCUACACACCAGAUGUCCUCUUCUGGUCCUGUAUUCUCUUCUUCACCACCUUCAUCCUGUCCGGCACGCUGAAGAUGUUUAAAACCAGCCGCUAUUUCCCGACAAGAGUCCCUGCCAUGACCAGCGACUUUGCUGUUUUCUUUACCAUCGUCACGAUGGUGGUUUUGGACUUCUUAAUUGGCGUCCCGUCGCCAAAGCUGCAAGUCCCCAGUGUCUUCAAGCCCACAAGAGAUGACCGGGGGUGGAUUAUUAGCCCGAUAGGACCCAACCCCUGGUGGACGGUGUUAGCCGCCAUCAUCCCGGCUCUACUCUGCACCAUCUUGGUAUUCAUGGACCAGCAAAUCACAGCGGUGAUCAUAAACCGAAAGGAGCACAAACUCAAGAAAGGAUGUGGCUACCACCUGGACCUUCUGAUGGUAGCGAUAAUGCUGGGUGUGUGCUCUGUAAUGGGGCUGCCCUGGUUCGUGGCUGCAACUGUUCUAUCCAUCACCCACGUGAACAGCCUUAGACUAGAGUCCGGCUGCUCAGCUCCGGGAGAACAGCCGAAAUUUCUGGGGAUACGGGAGCAGAGAGUCACUGGCCUCAUGAUCUUUGUGCUUAUGGGCUGCUCUGUCUUCAUGACCGCCGUGUUAAAGUUUAUCCCAAUGCCGGUGCUGUAUGGCGUGUUCCUUUACAUGGGCGUUUCGUCUCUCGGAGGAAUUCAGUUCUUCGAUCGCCUGAAGCUGUUCGGCAUGCCGGCCAAACACCAGCCCGACUUUAUCUACCUACGGCACGUCCCCUUGCGAAAAGUCCAUCUCUUCACCGUCAUCCAGCUGACCUGCCUUGUCUUACUCUGGGUCAUCAAAGCCUCUCCCGCGGCCAUCGUCUUCCCCAUGAUGGUCUUGGCUCUGGUCUUUGUCCGGCAAGUCAUGGAUUUCUGUUUCUCAAAGCGCGAGCUCAGCUGGCUGGAUGACCUCAUGCCAGAAAGCAAGAAGAAAAAACUGGAUGAUGCCAAAAAUCAAGCCAAGGAGGAAGAGGAGGCUGAGAAAAUGAUGGAAGCAGCUGAAGAAAAUGUAAUUCAGUUACCGUUGGGGAAAACGAAAUAUUUGACCGUUCCCGGACGAAAUAACAAUAGCAGGGACGACCCUUCAGAGAUCAACAUCUCCGACGAAAUGCCUAAGACGACUGUCUGGAAAGCUCUCAGCAUGAAUAUAGAAAAACUCUAAAUCCAGUGAGAAGAGCUUCUCCACGCAGGGACCUUGACUUCGGCGGAGGCGAGGGUGAAGAUGACUCAGGGACGAGCCAAGACAGACGGCCACGGGGAGACGCGACUCGGAAAACCGGCGCCACGACACAAAAGCGCCGCUCUCCUCGGGUGCUGUUUUCCUGCGAGUAGCUGGAUUCCCAUUAAACCCAUUCAGAUCUUUGCGGUGAGCUGCGGCGUGCUUCGGCGGGGCCGGAUUCUCUGCGGAGCAGCGAGCGGAGGUGCCGCCAACGACGGUUCAGUGUUACGAAGCCUCCCUCUGUGUGUGUGUGUGCGCGCGCGUUUCCUCUUCUCUUCAUGGUUAGACCGCACAGCCCUGGAGCGUUACUGAUUUUUUUUUCCCCCAAUCUGGUUUUCUUUGAAAAAUAUAAAGGCGGAAAAUACACAAGUGCUUUUUCUGGACGUCUUGGGCCACCCUCCUCGCCUUGUUCUUCACCCGCUGGUGACUGGGCCGGUGGGGGGCCUGGGGUAAGUUUCGGCAGCAAUUUCUCUCUUCUCGUGUGUGUUGUCAGAGGUGGCAUGGGGGCCGUCGACUCCGUGAGCUCUCCAGGGCUGGAGCACCAGUGGGGGGAAAAGUAGUGGGUACGCAGCACCCAUCAGCGAGCUACCAAUCAGCUCCUCCCUCUCCCUGCCCAGCACCGCCCACCUUCUGGGGCCACCAAUCAUCUCCUCCCCUCCACAUCCAGCACCGCCCACCUGCUAGGGCCACCAAUCAGCUCCUCCCUCUCCCUGCCCAGCACCGCCCACCUUCUGGGGCCACCAAUCAUCUCCUCCCCUCCACAUCCAGCACCGCCCACCUGCUAGGGCCACCAAUCAGCUCCUCCCUCUCCCUGCCCAGCACCUCGCGCCUGCUGGCAGGCCCCACCAAUCAGCUCCUCUCUCUUCCCGCCAUGUUCCUCCCCCCAGCUCCCGCCUUCCUCCCCUCCUCCCAGCACCUCCCACCCACCGGCGAUCAGCUGCUUAGCGGCGUUGAGGAGGUGCCGGGAGGAGGCG